GCCACAAUGGCACGGUGACGCAUGGUGAGAGAAAUCGGGAAACGCAGGAGCGGCACCGCAAACGAAAAUUCUGGUAUGCGAAGGGAAGAAGAAGAAGAAAAGCAUUACAACUUGAGAAUCAGACCUAUAAGAACCAUUCUGUGAAACAGAUAGAGAGAGAGAGAGAGAGAGAGAGAGAGAGAGAGAGAGAGAGAGAGAGAAUGGUGCUGUGGGAGAUAACACUGGGAACUGCGUAUUUCUUGGGUCUGACACGAACUUACAGGCUUGCUCUCAGGAUUCAGCGCAAGAUCAUAAGCCCUAAGCACCCUAAAAUCCGUCAAUUUCUUCACAGACGAACCCGUGCUAUAUUUGAUGUAGCAAUCAAUUUUCAUCGGAAAAUUCAAGCCAGAGACAUAGAAGUGGGUCGGAAUGUUGGAAAUUUCAUUUUGCGACGGCUAGAUCGAAUGAAGCCAUCAGCCCAGAUUCGCGGUCCCCCUUCUGGACCACCCCUCAAUGGUAGCUCAAGAGAAAGCAUGACAAAGCAUGCAACUGGUACUUCCAAUCACAAGCCUCGUGGUUAUUCUGGAUUCUUCAAGAGGGACUCUGAUAGGCAUUUUUUUACCUCAUUAAGGGCAAAGUCUUUUCCUACCAUCGCAAGCAUGAUGCGACCACCAAAUCCUGCUGGGACAACCAUCCAUGGCAGGCACCUCAGCGUCUAUACUCCUGAAGUUGUUAGAUCAAAUUAUAGAGCACAUUGGUCAGGAAGUGUUAUUAGGAGGGACAUCAUGCAAUGGAUGUUGCAAAACUAACUGUCCAUCUCUGUUCUAGUGGCUUCGUAUAAACAGUUUUUUUAUCUCGACAGGAAAAGGUGGUUGAAUAAUGUUUGUGAGGCAGGCUUGGAACUGAUGGUGAUAGAAGUGGCAAGUUUUUGAUCUUGCUCUCAUUGCUUUAGACUUUUUAUAGUCUGUCAAGCUUCCUUUUGGAUAACGAGCUGUUAUGCAUUUGUUUUUAGUUUUGGUUAAAAGAACUAGUUGUUAAUAACAUAAAAUCACAGAUAUUCUUCCUAUUGAUUAAAAAUAGUGAAGAUUGUGCAUUUCUGUUGUAAUUGUCUUUUCAAAAAUUAUAUCGUUCUCAGCAACUUUUGUUUAUGCAACUUGCAGUCUAAUUU